AAAUUGGUAAUACUUAAUAGCCUGAGAGGGUAAGGACGAAAGAACUCAACAAAACCCAAAUGAAAUCUGAUUUCGGAUCCGUUCAGAACUCGUGGAAGGAAGAAGGCCAAGCCGAGAGAUGAGUGGCUCCGACUUCGAGCUUCGCCAUGGCGGUGUCUAACGCUGAGGCCGCGUAGCCCGACCUUUUGUUUUUCUUCUGGAAGCCCUGGAUGGGCCAGUCAACCUCGACGGCUGCAAGUUCUGGCCGUCGCGAAAGCAAUCAGAGCCAGCUAUCAAAGACCAAAUCGAAGUCCCUGAUCUACCCGAUGCAAAUUGAAUACGCGGAAGAACAGCAGGGGACGAUCGAUGGAGAGCCAGAUUACAUCUCCAAAUUGCCAGACGAGUGUCUGGCUUGCAUUUUCCAGUCCCUCGGCUCCGGUGACCGCAAACGCUGCUCUCUCGUCUGUCGCAGCUGGCUCCGGAUCGAGGGACAGAGCCGACACCGUCUCUCACUCAACGCCCCGUCGGAUCUCCUCGCUAUGAUCCCUUCUAUCUUCUCUCGAUUUGAUGCCGUCACUAAACUCGCCUUGAAAUCUGAUCGUAAAUCCGAGAGCAUCGGCGACGAGGGGCUCAUACUCAUCUCACUUAAAUGUCGCAAUCUCACGCGCCUCAAGCUUCGUUCUUGUCGCGGUUUGACCGAUGCUGGCAUGGAGGCAUUCGCGAAGAAUUGCAAGGGUUUGAAGAAGCUCUCCUGUGGAUCUUGCACAUUCGGAGCCAAGGGAAUGAACGCGGUGCUCGAUAAUUGCUCGGCUCUCGAGGAGUUAUCUGUGAAGCGCCUGCGUGGCAUCACCGAUGGGGCCGGGGCAGCGGCCGAGCCGAUUGGACCCGGCGUAGCCGCUUCAGCUCUCAAAACGAUUUGCCUGAAGGAGCUCUACAACGGGCAGUGUUUCGGUCCAGUUAUUAUUGGCGCAAAGAAUUUAAGAACCUUGAAGCUGAUCAAGUGCUCUGGCGAUUGGGAUAAGCUUCUCCCAGUGAUAGCGAAUCGUGUCACUAGCUUAGUCGAAGUGCAUCUCGAACGUCUUCAGGUCACCGAUCUCGGCCUCGUGGGGAUCUCUAGUUGUUUGGAUCUGGAAAUUCUGCAUCUUGUCAAGACCCCGGAGUGCACGAACAUGGGGCUCGUAUUGCUCGCAGAGCGUUGUAGGCUCUUGCGGAAGCUUCACAUUGACGGAUGGAAGGCGAAUAGGAUAGGCGACGAGGGCUUAAUUGCUGUCGCGAAAGGUUGUCCUAAUCUUCAGGAGUUGGUUCUCAUCGGUGUGAAUCCUACAAAACUGAGUUUGGAAUCUUUAGCAUCGAAUUGCAAGAAUCUAGAGCGCUUAGCUUUAUGUGGAAGCGAUACCGUUGGCGACGCAGAGAUUUCUUGCAUUGGUGCGAAAUGCCUAGCAUUAAAGAAGCUCUGUAUAAAAAGUUGCCCCGUUUCGGAUCAAGGUUUGGAAGCUCUUGCGGGCGGUUGCCCGAAUUUGGUGAAAGUGAAGCUUAAGAAGUGUAGAGGAGUAACGCCCGAGGGCGCUGAAUGGUUGAGGGCAACUAGAGAACCACUUGCGGUGAAUUUAGAUAAUGGUGCGGCCGAGCAUCAGGAUGCGAGUGCGAGUGACGGUGGAGCACAAGAAAACGUUGUGGAAAUUCCACCUCCUCCUCCUGUGCAUACCCAGAUGGAGGCGGCUGUUCCAUCGAGCAGUACUGCUCGAUCAAGUUCGUGGAAGUCGAAGCUAGGGAUGGUUAGCAUUUUGAAGAGGUGGUCAAGUGGUAACAGUAGUUCCCGGGGUAGUUAGAUAAGCAUUUCCAGCAGAAGUUCCAACUCAGAUAGCAUGCUUGCUCUUGCUCCGUUUACAUUGCUUUGUGUUGUAUUAUCCAGUUCUGCCUCUUUUUUCUAAAUGUAUUUAAUUUGAUUCCGUAUGCUGUUCAUUGCCUUUAGACUUGAAUCUUUGCUGUUGCAUGUUGUAAUUUCACACUCAUACCAUUUCUGCUCA